UCAGAAGUCCAGUUUAUAAGACAUAAAAGGGACCUAGGGACCGGGAAUAUUAUCCUCACUCAACAUUUUAGUGAAAAAGUUGUUACUCCCGGUGAAGAGAUAAGUCUUCAAUGUACGGCUACAGCUGACAGACCCCCAAGAUUUAUUUGGGAGAGGGAUGGUGUCGUCAUAUCGUCUAACACAGAUCAGAGAUACACCCUAGGGCAGAUGAUGUCGCCAUCAGGAGUGGGAGUGGUCACCCAGUUGAACAUAUCACGUUCAAGAGUGGAAGAUGGUGGUUUGUACGCAUGUCUGGCCUUCGAAGGAGAAUUCAGCACGGGUCAUGCUGCUAGAGUUGAUGUUUUUGGUCCUCCUUACAUCAGGACGUUACCACCGAUAAAGGUGCAAAGUGGAGAACCAUUGAAGCUUAGGUGUCCUUACUAUGGAUAUCCUAUCAGCAAACUAGAAUGGGAACAUAAAGGCAAGAAAGUCAUAAGUUCUGCUCUCCCCCAACACUCAAGAUACAAACGAACAUACGCCACAAUGUCUAACAACAGUAAGAAUACAAGAAGAAAACGUAAAAAACGACAACUCUUCGAAUCUGGAGCCGAUGGCGUGCUGAAUAUACCGAGGGUUGUUAAGGAAGAGAAUGGAGAUACUUAUACUUGUAUUGUGUUUAGUCCUUCUGGAGAAAUGGCGAGGAGGUCAUUUGAAAUCCAAGUUGUAGAAGCACCAGAGUUAGAUGAACUGCGUGUUGGAACAGGUCUGAAAGAAGGCCAGAUUGUUCAGAUAACUUGCAACAUUGUCGGUGGAGAUCCACCUAUUUAUUUCUCAUGGUUAAAGGAUGGGAAAAAAUUGCCUCCUAGUUUGAAAAUAACAGAAAGAAGUUCAGAACUGUUCAGUGUUCUGAUAAUAAAGCGCGUGUCUUUGGAGCACUGUGGGAAGUACACCUGCAUAGCAACCAACCACGUCGGCAAAGUUAACCAAACUGCAGAUUUGUAUAUUAAUGUGGCACCGAAGUGGAUAGAAGAGCCAACAAACACUUCACUGCUAUUAGGACAGCGGGGAGUGGUUUACUGCAACGCUAAUGGAUACCCGGCGCCGCAGAUACACUGGAUGAAGAGGGAUGCAACCCUCGGCAUCUGGCGACCAGUCCUCGACUUAGCAGGAGGAGGUAUUAUGAGCUAUCCUAACGGUACCCUCAUCAUUGAAGUGGUAUCCCUCUCCGAUGAAGGGAUGUACGCUUGUAAUGUGGAAAACGGGGUUGGUGAUGCCUUGAACAAGAAUUUGUGGAUCAGUGUUAAUAAGCCGGUGCACUUUGAAUCUGUCGGCGCUAAUCUGACAACCAAGAUGGGUCUACCUGUGACCUUGACCUGCAGACCUUUGGGGGACAACCCUAUAAGGGUCAAGUGGUCCUUGGAUGGGAAACCCGUUGAUUUUACGUCCUCCAGGCUCACAAUAUCAGAAACAAUGACCCACAACGGACUAAACAGCGUGAUUAACAUCAACUACGUGGAGAGCAGAGAUGGGGGCACGUACGAGUGUCGCGCCAGCAACCCUUAUGGCGUGGCUGCUUAUAAUGUGCAUUUGGAUAUAUUGGAACCACCAACGCCACCUCUAGACUUACAAGUGGACUCAGUCAGCAGCAACUCCGUCAAGCUAUCCUGGAGAGACACCAUCAGUACUCAUGUGCAGUACUAUACGAUGCAGUAUACGACUAAUGACUUCAUGAUGUGGGAUACUGCUAAGAGUAUUAAUAUUACUAGACAAGAAAACGAUGCUCGUCAAAGUAUAGAGCUAAGGGAUCUGCAACCAGCAAUGGAUUACAGAGUGAGGAUCGCAUCUGGCAACCAGGUGGACCUCAGUCCUUACACGCAACCUGUACAUUUCAGCACACAACAAGAAGCGCCAUCAUCAACACCACUAGGCGUGCAAGUACAACAAACAGACAACCCAGGAGAGCUCGUCAUAUCCUGGCUUCCACCACCCAGAGAGAGCCACAAUGGCCAGCUACAAGGAUACCAUGUGAAGGCAGUGCCGAGGAUUAGUGGGGAUCCAGUUCCCAACGAUACCCAAACUAAGAUAGUAAAAGUGAUGUCAAGGAAAGGAAAACAAGAAACCACGCUCAGUGGACUGCUAAAAAAUAUGAGGUACGCUGUGUCAGUAAGUGCUUUCAACUCAGUUGGCAAUGGACCAUUCUCGUUACCAGUGUACCAAACCACGAGAGAAGGAGCACCAGAAGUAGCCCCGUCAGGAGUGGAGUGUAGAGGAGUGUCAUCCUCCUCCCUGCGUGUCGCGUGGCAGCCUGUCACGGCGCAGGGGACCUCACUGCUGGGGUACUCCGUGUAUUAUAGUACUGAGGACGGACCCUGGCAGAAUAUCAGCUCGCCACACACAGAGCUAUAUCUACAAGCUCUGCUCAAGUACACUAACUACACGGUGAAAGUGACGGGGUUCUCUAACUAUGGACAGGGACCUUUCUCGUAUCCUAUUGUUUGUACUACACUGCAAGAUGUGCCCGGUCCACCUUCAGCUAUAAAAGUGUUGGUAUCAUCGCCAACUUCUCUUCUCGUGAGUUGGAAGCGACCGGAACAGGCGAAUGGAGAUAUUUCACAUUACACUGUUUAUGUAAAACCCGUGUCUAGCACGAGUUCUCCUCAAAGCUACAGAGUAGAAGCGACACAAGAGACAAGUCUGCGUCACCUCACGUUUCCUCUCUCAGGCCUGUCUACUGGGCGACAGUAUGAAGUGUUCGUGCGAGCUCACACUGCUGUGGGAGAAAGCACUCCGAGUAACAGAGUGCAUAUUGAUUUGAGUUCUAAAGUGGUAGCCGGAGUAGCAUCAUUAGGAGGUCCGAUGUCCGUAGGGGUCGGCAGUUCUCUCCUAUUAGUAUGUCAAUGUGUGGGCUCCCCACCACCUCGCACCGUGUGGUACCACAAGCACAACAUCAUUACACACCAUCCGAGGUUCACGAGGAACCAUGAUGAUAGUCUGCUUAUUAAUAACAUAGACCAAUCCCUAAGCGGCAACUACACGUGCUUAGCAAAAAACCUGUACGGUUCUGACUCAGUAUCGUACGAAGUGUCGGUACUACCUACUCCGGAGCCGCCGAGUCUACGCGUCACGUCACAUAAGAAUGCUAUACAUCUGCAGUGGGAGCUGCCGAGGAAGAUUGGGGGGAAGAGUCAGAAAAUAAGUUACAAUCUAACCUGGAAAGAAGCCCACGGCUCCUGGCAAGACGCGUGGUCGAGCAAAGGCACCUCUCUCCAGGGGACCCAGGAGUACACGCUGCAAGGUCUCAAGUGUGGCACUAAGUACUCCUUGAGGAUGACUGCGGCGAAUAGUGUGGGAUCCUCACAGCCUACUUAUGUUGAUGCUACUACUUUGGGUGGAGUGCCAAUAUCACCAACCAGUACUGAAUGGUUCUGGAGCAACGCGACACAUAUCUACAUUCAGCUGAGUGGGUGGGAUGACAACGGCUGUGAGAUCACGAGGUUCGAUGUGGACUAUAAAGAGUACGGUGGAAAAACUUGGAGGAAGGCUGAAAAUAGAAUUCCUGCACUAGACCAGAGCUGGAACCACUACGCGCCCCCCUCCCUCCUGGCGCAGCCCAACUCUUUCGUGCUGGCGGAACUGACCCCGGCACACUGGUACCACAUCAGGGUCACUGCGGAGAACGCUGCAGGAGUGUCCACUUCGCUGUAUAGUUAUGCUACUACUACUGUUCAUGGAGAAUCAGUGGGACUACCAUCAGAGUUCUUUGAUUUGAACAUGCUAGUUAUAAUCUGCAGUUCAAUACUACUCAUGAUAUGCUCAUUGACUUGCGUCUACAUACUCGUCAAGAGGCAUAACCACCAGCACCUAACAGAGUACAGGAACUCAUUAACAGCGGAAUGCAAGUCCGAGCGAAGUAACGUCACGGUGCACACACCGCAGAGUGUGCCCACUGACAUGAACAAUAGGGUGUAUAGCACACCUGUGCAUCUUACUGCUGACAAUAAACAUGAAUUAUACGAGAUAAGUCCAUACGCGCAGUUCGCGAUAGGGUUCCGUACGUUCGGGCACGUAGACAAUCAAGAAGUGCCAAACAGAGUUCACCUGCCCGGGAACAGCAAGUCAAGAUAUGAUAGUGAAACAAGUUUUCAAAUGCGAUCCGAGUCUGAGGAAAGUGACUGCGUAUCGCGAACAACUACUCUUAAAAGUGCACCAAGAAAAGCGUGCCGAAUACCACAUCAUAGGUAGCUGAAGCAGUCAAAACUGGAACAUUAGUAAAAUAAUUUUACAAUGGUUGUGUUCAUAUCAACUUGUUUACUCAAUUUUUCACUAACUGCGGAUUUCUAUAACCUAACUAUCCUUGGUUUUGCGAUUACAGAUUGAAAUUUGACGUAAUUUAUAUAAAUAAAUGAAUUGCGUAACCUUCACACACGGUCGGUUAGUCCCUUGGUAAACUAUUUAUUAGCUUGUGUUAUGGGUGCUAAUUCAACUGAUUAACUACACACAAUUUACAUUUAUACUUCACAUAUAAACCUAUAGUUAAAUACAUAUUAUAACACCCAAACCACAGCCAACAAGCAUGCCCAUCACACAAAUGUUGACCGUACCGGGAAUCGAACCCGCGACAAUAAGUUCGUCAGUCUGGCAUGGUGACCAUUGCGCCAACGAAGUCGUCGUAUGAAGCUAAUUAAAAAAUUCUAUCUCUAAUCGCAGUCAAAGCAUAGACAUGUUUUAGAAAUCCACGGUAAAACCUUGUUGUUAAGGUUUGUAUCAAUAUUAUUAUUUGUAUAACUUUUAAAAAUACCUAAUGGAGUUAAUUCUAGUGAAUAUCAAAUGUUGAUUUUGUUAUAUAGCAGUUUAUAUAAAACUACUUAUGUACUAUAUAUUUUUUUUGUAUAAAAUUUUUUUUAUCCUUAAUUUUAGAAAUUGUCGCCUCGAAUUGUAACAACCCUAGUCAAGUUUUAACAUUAUAAAAAUAUGUUUUUGUUAAUUUAGAGUAAGUUUUUAUAAAUAAAAUAAUAUUAACAAUAGGAUCAUUUUCAUUUGUAUUCAUUAUAAUGUAUGUGUACAUUUAUAUUGAAACUGUAAAGAAAAUAGGGAUUUUCUCACUGAAAUUAAACUUUUAUUUAGAUGAUGAUGAUGAUGAUGAUAAAAAAAAAAUUAUUUAGAUGAUCUAUAAAGACUAAAUUCAAUAUCCACUGCGACUGUAAAAUUCGCAUGAAAAUUGAAAAAUAACCUUAAAAGUAACUUUAUUCACACCAAACUUUACGAUUCAUACUAAAUGAAAAACUGCCAAAUCAUCUUCGAAUAAUUAUAUCAAAUUAAUUUUUAACAAUACAUACCUACAUUAUGAAUUUGUAUCUUUGAUCAGUAACUAUUUAAAACAUACUAAUGUAGAUAUACUAGUAAUAUCUAGUUUCCCAGUUUUCAGAUAAAAAUAUUAAAUAUCAUUAACAUUAAUUUUCAAAAAAAGAUUAAAUUUUUACUUUUUAUAAGAAUUUCAUAAAAUAAAAUUUUCAUUUUCAUGACUUCGAUUUUUUACUGUAAUAAUUCUAUUUAAAAUAUAUAUCUUCAAAUUUUUUUUUUGUAAAAAUGUCUGAAUUCCGUGAAACUUAAAUGAUAUUGUAGUAAAAAUCUAAAAUAAAAAUUGAAAAAUUAAUUAUCUUCAAAAAGACUGAUUAUUUAACGUUUAUUUUUUAAUAUGUAAAUCCUCG